GCGUUCUUUGCAUUCUUCCAUUUCAAGGGCGUCCUUACUACCAUGCAGCCAGUUUUGGUAGUCAGCAGUCACUCUGGGGUCCCACCCAGUAUUAAUAUAGGCCAUCGACUAACCCACGCCACCCAUACCUCAGAUGUCAGCGGAUCGAGGGAAUACCUGAACCACCGAGCCGACGAGUACACGUACAUGCAGAUAGUGUAUGCUAUCGCAUUGGCGCUGAUGCAGAUUCCCUCGAAUGCCUCGUCCUCAAAACCAGCCCGCUAA